AUGACAACAAAUGAAAACAAUAAUCAAUUAGAAAUCAAUCAAUCAAUCAAUUAUACUGAAUCAAUUUAUCAUUUAUGUUAUGGUUAUUUAAUACAUGAUUUAAAAAUUAAAAAUAAAUCACAAUUAUUUGAUAGAACUAUUGCAGAAAAUGAAAUUGAUCAUAUUAAACCAAUAUGUUCUAUACGUUUAUAUUUAUUAUUUUGUAAAGAUUGUUUACGUAUAAAACGUUAUAUAACUAAUACAAAUCGUUAUAAACGUUAUACAUUAUAUUAUAAACAAAUUGAAGUGUAUUAUUUUACACCCUAUAUGAAAAAUGUAAUAAUAUUAGGUAUCUUAUCACCAAAUGGUUUAAAACGUAGUUAUCAAUAUAUUUAUAUUAAAAAUAAUGAUGAUCAUUUUAAAAUACAAACAAUAUUAAAUCAAAUUUUUGAAAAUUCAUUAAAAAUAUUAACAAAUAUGCCAAUUAUUGGUCAAUUAAUAAUUAAAAGUUUUCAUAAUGAAUCUAUACGUAGUAAAAGAUUAGGACAAAUAAUUUUAGAUGAUUUACAUACAUCUAAUGAUAUCGUUAAUGAAAUCAAAGAAAAUGAUGAUGGUAAUCCAAUCAUUAAUGAAUAG